GUCGAAGGAAUAAGUUCAAAUCUUUGGUACAAUUGACCACAUCUUGCUGUGGGCCCUUGUUUUUUAGUUUUUGUUGGUGUUUUAAUCUAAUGCUUCAUUUGUUAAAAGUGUAAAGUGAUUUAUUUUCAGUUGGACAUCACGUGAUACAGGAGAUACAUAUUUAAAAAAACACAUACCAAGCAGUGGUGUACCAAUGGCUAUCACAAGAAAGAAGCCACUUUCCAACAGCAGUAGACAAGAAUCUGCAGUGAUGACCACUAGGGAGAAAAACUUCAGGUGCAAGGAUUGCCAAAAAUCUUUUUUACAUAGGACAAAUCUUUUAUGUCAUAGAAAAUUUCAUGCAAUGAAACGUUUGGAAAAUGGCCACUAUGUAAAUUUCUCUUCUCAGUACAGAAAAGAAAGUUCAUGUUCUUCGACAAUGCUUCCUUCGCCUGUACCCAUGACAGUUGGGUGGACUAGUUGUUCUUCGACAAUACUGCCUUCGUUUGUCUCUAUGACAACUGGAUCCCCCUGUUGCUCUUCGACAAUACUGCCUUCGUUUGUCUCCAUGACAACUGAGUCACCCAGUUGUUCUUCAGAAAUACUUCCUUUAUCUGUCUCUAUGACAACUGGAUGGCCCAGUUAUUUGAACUCAAACGCCUGUGCAGUGGAAACUACACAUUCGUCGUUACCGUAUGAUGAUGAUAUCCAAGAAGUUUCUCUAACACCAAACUUAACCGAAAAUGGCGUGUUAUCUUUUUGCUCUAAUACUAUUGACAAGAGUGUAGAAAAUGACAAAUGUUUUCGGAAUGUUAACAUUCAGGAUUCUCAUUACAAACCAACAGCAACAGACGUGGCAGAAACACAUGCGUUACCGUCGUUCACAGUGAACUCUGGCAGUAUCGAAUGUUCAGGAACUAGAGAGUUCCCUGAUAAAUCAAAACAUCAGAGAACUCUUCAUCUGCCAAAGACCCCGGACUCCUGUGUGUUCUCUUUGGAAAAUAUCAAAUCUUUUGAGGAAUCUGAAAUUAAAAUAACAUUUGAAGAACAAAAUAGAAAUAACUUGGCAUAUUCCCACAUGUUGGACCUUUACGCUACAGCUCCUGAAGACACUGAGUCUUUCAAAGUUACUGGAGCUUUUCAAACCCCUAAAUCUCACGAUGUAACAAGACCAAACAUGUGUGAAUCUAAUUCCAAUUCAUUUUCUAGGACAUCUGCAGACAUUGAGGGUUUAGAUGGUGAAGAGUCAGCGAUUCAGAAAUCUCUUCAAGAGCUGGAACAGACAGGUCAUAAAACCGUUUUCCAUCGUACUUUACGCAGUAAUUGGUCUAAACUGGUAACUGAUAAGAUAUCAGCUUUCGCGUUUUCAAAAGCUUUGAAAGGUCAUCAAUGUUCUUCCUCGUUCUUACAUUGUCAGUCGUAAAAUCUCAUCGUUACGGACACAACUGUAAAAUAUUCUUACAACAAUUUACCGUUUCUCUUAUGAAAGACUUUCGUCAUUUUAUUUUAACGUCUUGGUGUAAAAACUAUCAGUAAGCAUAUUACCAGUGGCAGAACUUUCUUUACAUAUUCUUCUAUCAUCUUUAUAGGUUAAACAUGUUCUUUACUUAAAUACUAAUAUAUUUAAUACAUAAAAAAUGUUUCGUUGACGGUUAAAGAUUGUUGCAGUUCUAGUUUAAGAUAUUGUUACCGCGAUAUGUUUACU